CCGUGAUAUCUUUUCCUUUCUCUUUUCUUUCUUGCUCUUUUCUCCAUUCUUGCGUAUACUCCAGAAGCGACUAUGAUACCAUCUAAUAGCAUAGCUCUGUUGUUCUUACUCUUGUUGUCUUAUUUCGCGGCUCCAAUCGACGCGCAAAAUCCAUAUUAUACGGCCCUCUUAAACGAUUCACUCUAUUUUUUCGAGGCACAACGAAGUGGUGUUUUACCUGACAACAAUCGAGUAGAAUGGCGACACGACUCGGGACUUGAAGAUGGGUCCGACAACAACGUUGAUUUGACGGGUGGCUACUACGAUGCAGGCAAUUAUUUAAAAUUCACCGUUCCACUAUCUCACACGCUGACUCUUAUUGCGUGGGGAGCUCUUGAGUGGUACGAUGGUUAUGUGAGUGCCGGCCAGACUGAACAUCUGCACGACAUGAUUCGAUGGGGUACAGAUUGGCUAAUAAAGGCACAUCCGUCAGACAACGUCCUGUUUGUGCAGGUCGGCGAAGGAUCAGUGGAUAAUAACUAUUGGGGGCCUGACAGCGGUAUUCCAACACCACGGCCAUCGUUCAUGAUUGAUGAAUCGUCUCCAGGCACAGACGCCGCAGCUCUAACAGCAGCCGCUUUUGCGUCUUCAUCAUUACUACUGCGAGCCACGGACGAAGAUUAUGCAAACACCCUCCUAUCUCAUGCAGAGCGCUUAUACACAUUUGCCGAAAGCGCAACACCAUGGCAAGUGUACUCUGAUUCGGUCGAAGCCUCACAAGACUACUAUGGUACAUCCACGUACUCUAGCCAGCUCGUCUAUGGCGCCUUAUGGCUGUACCGUGCUACGAAUAAUACCAUGUAUCGGGACAAGGCGUCAAACUUUUUUGACCAGUUUUCCCUCAGAACCAAACAAAUCACCAUCUUGGACUGGCAUGACCAAACAGGUGCAAUGUAUGUGUUAGGUGCAGCAGUAGAUGACAGUGGCACGGAUAAAUACAAGGAUGCUGCAGAAGAUUAUAUCAGCACAAUUAUCAAUGAUCGAUCCGGAGGUCCAUGCUCGUAUACCAUAGGUGGUCUUUUGUGGUGUGGAUCCCAGAGUGAAUGGAGUUCUCUCGUUAUCGCAAACAAUAUGGCGUUCUUGGCAGCCAUGUUUAGUCACACAGUGGACGAAACCUCGGAAUACGACGAAUUCGCGCGUGCUCAGCUCAACUAUGUUCUUGGCGACAAUCCUAUGAAAACUCCCUAUGUUAUCGGUGUUCACAUGAACUCACCGCAAAACCCACAUCACGCAGGCGCUUCGGGUGGCACGAGUAUCCGAAAUAUUGAUGCUGGCGAAACAGCCCAUGUGCUGUAUGGAGCGAUCGUGGGUGGACCCGAUUAUGAAGAUCGAUAUUUCGAUGAGCGCAGCGACUAUAGACAGAACGAGGUGUCCCUAAACUACCAAGGUUCGCUCCAAAGCCUUGUAUCGUAUCAGCUAGUGAAUAAUGCCGUUGAUCCGCCCUACGCCAACAUAACCGAGCCUCGACCUGAAGUCCGACGCCCAGGACAGUCGAACACUAUUGCUGGAUGGCUUAUUGCUGUGAUUGUUAUAGUCAUUAUUGCAGCCAUCGUUGGCGCAGCUAUUUUUGUCUGUUUCGUGAGACGGCGUAGAAACUCUGCUGCUAGAAAACCAACUGUAGCUGAACUUGAAAAGGCUGCUGCUCAGAAGUCUCCAACUUUACCAAUAAGUCCUCGGAUAAGCAGUAGUCCUCCUCCACGUCCAGUAACCAUAUCGCGUUAAGGAGGACAAAGAAGAGGAUUAUAUUACAUUCGGCGAGCUAUACAAGAGAAGCAAUAUGUACAUAAUAUAUACAGCAAUCCAGUUUCUGCAUUAAAUAUUAGAUAAUUAGUAAUAUCCAGAAAAUGCACAUAGCAUUUCCUCUCCCAGUUUUUGUCUAAUGGUUAUUCUAUGAU